AUGUCAUUAAAUUAUUUACCAGGUAGACCACAACAUACGAACCAAGCUACCAAUCAAACUAUAUGGCAAGGCCAUACAAUCUUUGCAUAUUGUUCAGGCAAUAACCUUAUCAUAUUAUCAAAUAAAUUCACAAGAUUACAAACAUUAUAUUUAGAAAAAGAUUGUAUUGCAGUAGAUAUAAAUCCUUCCAAUGGAUUCAUUGCUGUGGCGUUCGAUAAUCUAAUAAAUGUUUAUAAACCAAUCCAUCAAGUGAUGAAGAACCCUAAAUGGGCCAAAUGUUGUCAAGUAUUUCAUGAUGAUUCCCUUGUAAAUUGUUUAAAAUGGGGCAAUAAUAAUGAACUUAUUGUAGGUUCGAAAUACUUGUCGUUUUGGAAAAUAGUAGAUCAAUUCGGUGAAUAUAAACCUGUAUUAUUAUGGAACAAAUUACAAUCAAAACCAGUUUAUAAUGUAACCAUUUCAGAAGAUUCUCAAUUGGUAGCAAGCUUUAGUAAAUAUGAUAAAUUUGUUAAAAUUUGGAAAAGAGAUUCUAUUAGUGAUGAUAAAGUGAUUUUCCAAUUGACAAUACUACCACAUUCUGGAUUUAUCACUUCGAUGAGAUGGAAAAAGACUGGCUUGGAUAAUAUUAAAAAGCAGAAUAGUUCUACCUCAUUAGAUGAAUUAUAUCCAUACAUUUCAAAUACUAAUAACCAAACACAAGUACUAUAUACAAUCUCCACUGAUAAAAAAUUAAGGAUUUGGGUUUGCCAUGAAUGGAAUUCUCGUCAUAUGAUCCAAUUAUGGGGCCAUUUAAAAUUAAAAGAUGAUCAGCAUUUCUUUAUCAUAAUAGAUAAUUGGAUUGUCGAAAAAUCAUUACCAAAUUCAUUUGGAGAUGGGUAUUAUAAAUCAGUUAAGCCAGAUCUAGUGAUACAGGGAUCUACAAACGGUAAUCUAGAGGUACAUGCAUUGGAAGAACUAUCACAUCAUCCGCCAAAAUUAAUGACAAAGAAAACUUUAUUCUUAAAAUAUGUCAAUAAAGCUUCUUUUGUUAAAGAUCCCAUGUAUUUGAAUUUCUCAGAGAUACAGCCGUAUGAUGAUACUGCAAAUGACUUAUCAUUAAUCAUUCAUGAUUUAAGAGGUUAUAUAAGACACACUGUGAUAAAUUUACCCACAUUAUUAUCAGAAAAUAAUACUUGGAUUGGUGCUUUAGAACACAAAUUCACAGGUCAUACAAAAUCAAUUCAAAGGUUAAUUAGAAGUAGCGACGGUGAAGCUGUUUUAACAUUAUCAAGAUUCUCAGAAAAUUGCGUUUGGAAACCACAAACAUUAAGAAGUGGGGUUACUUUAAGAUUGAAAAACUAUAUCAUUACUGAAUCUCCAAUAAAGGAUGCUGUAGUUCAUGGUAAAGGAUCCUUGGUGAUUUGUUUAUUAGAAAAUAACAAGAUUCAAGCUUGGGAGUGCCCUGAUUUUAUUUCAAUGACCCAAGAAGCAAGAGAAAUGGAAGAUGAAGAAGAUGACGACGAUAAUAAAAUAUCUUAUAUGAGACAAGAAAUAGAUUUAACUUCACAAAUUAAUGAAAUUGGUGAUCCAAUUUUAAUGUCAAAUACUCCUGAACUUAUACAUCAUUAUGAAAGACAUUUCAUUACUCUUGUGUUUAAAACAGGUAUUACAAAAAGUUUUGAAGUUUCAUUAACUCGUGGAAUUUUCGAAAUUAAAUCUGGACCUUUAGAAUUAAUUGAUAAUGAAAUUUAUAAAAUUAGCAUUAUUGAUCCAGUACAUGCAAGUUUUACAAGUGAUAGACCAUUAUUGGCUUUAAUUUCCAAAAAUGGUCUUGCAAAGACAUUUAAAGGUCAAGUUGAUACCGAAAAUAAAACAUUAUCAUGGGUUAAAGCUUUUGAAUUGAAUACCGGCAUUAAAGACGCAACAAAAAUUAGAGGAAGUUCCACAGGGAAGCUUUGCAUUAUAGAUUCUACUGGGAAAAAAAUUACAAUUUGGGAAUCAAGUAGGUCUGUUCUUGAAUAUGAAGAAACAUUUGAAGAUACAAUUAAAGAUAAUGACUGGACAAGUACCGAGUUUGGUCAAAAUAUUUUAUCAAUUGGAUUCACUGGCUACGCACUUCUAUAUACUCAAUUAAGAUAUGAUUAUACGAAUUAUUCUCCCUCCUAUUUACCAAUUGAAAAAAUUGAUAUAACAAGUCACACAGCUCAUAAUAUAGGUGAUUCAAUUUGGUUAAAAAAUGGAAUCUUCGCUUGUGCUUCAGGUAAUCAAUUUUAUAUUAAAGAUAAAUCGUUAGAUUUGAAUGAUCCUUUUACACAUCGGUCAAUUGGUUCCAGAAAAAUUCUAUCUAAUGACAUUCUUCAUUUAAGUAGUGUCUUAAAUGGUCCUUUACCGGUUUUCCAUCCUCAAUUUUUAAUUCAAGCGUUAUAUGCCAAUAAGAUUUCAUUAGUUGUUGAAAUAAUUAUGAAACUAUUUAUUGAAUUAAGAAAUGUGACUUUUAAAAAUCAAAAUAUUGCUACUAUGUCAUUUGAUUUAGGGAUUGAACCUUCAAAAUUUAAUAUUACCAUUGAAAAGAAAUAUCCAACAGUCACAUUUCCAGAUCCAUAUCCAGAAUAUAAUAAAAAUGUCAAUACUUUACUGACUGAGUAUUUGUCUAAAAUUACUUUACCUUAUAUGACACGUCAUCAACAAAUUACAUUGAUCACAGUUGCAGAAGCAAUAUUGGAUAUUAUUAAAUAUAAAGAUAUAGUUGAUGAUAAUGGUAUCAGAUUUUUGUUAGGGGUAAGGCUAUUUUUAUCACAUAAAAAGACUCAAAAUGGGUUAAAUAUGAGAGAUAUUACUUGGGCAUUACAUUCUGAUAACAAGGAGCUGCUUUUAUCCACUAUAGAUCAUCAUUUAAAGUUAUGGAAAGAUGCAAGAAAUUUUAGAAUCGCAUAUUGGGCAAAACAAGAAGAUCUAGUAAAGAAAUUUGAAAAUAUUGCAAAACUAGAGUUUACAAAGAAUGAUAUCAAAGAUCCAAAUAACUGUGCAAUUUAUUAUUUAGCAUUGAAGAAGAAACAAGUUUUAUUAAGCUUAUGGAAAAUGAGUGUGGGCCAUCCUGAACAAGGGAAAAUGAUAAAAUUUAUGAGUAAUGAUUUCACACAACCAAGAUGGAGAACAGCCGCUUUGAAAAAUGCGUAUGCGUUAUUAAGUAAACAUCGUUUGAUGGAUGGUGCCGUUUUCUUUUUAUUGGGUGGGUCUGUAAAAGACUGUGUGAAUGUUUUAUGCAGACAAAUCAAAGACAUUGAUUUAGCUAUCGCUGUGUGUAGAGUCUAUGAAGGUGAUGAUAGUCCAGUUUUGGCAGAAGUACUACAAAAAUAUAUCCUUCCGGAUGUUGUAAUUCAAAAUGAUAAAUGGACAGCUAGUUUUAUUUAUUGGAAAUUACGCAAACAAGAAGUAGCAAUUAGAGCAUUGAUUACUGAUCCAAUCGAAUUAGAAAAUAAUGAAUCAAUAGUCUGCAAAGAAGCCUGUGUUAACAAGUCAUUUUUAGUGGAAGAUCCAGCUUUAUUACUCGUAUACAUCCAUUUAAGAAAGAGAAACCUAAGAUACUUUAUUGGUUCAUUAAAAGUUGAUGAAAAGCUCGAAUAUGAUACUGUGUUACGUGUUACAAAUAUUCUACGCCGAAUGGGGUGUGAUUUAUUGGCUGUUUCAUUCAUCAGAAAUUGGGAAUUUGUGGAGAAAUCGAAGAAUUUAAGUCAAUUAGAAAGUGCUAGAAGACAAUCAAUUACACUUCCAGGUAUCAGCGGAAAUGCCAUUUUGCCAACUACUACACCUCAACUUCGGAAAAGUUUGUUUGAUAAAAUGGAUAUGCGUGAAAUGGAACCAAACAGUACAACCUCUUCAAGUGUAUUUUCAAGGACUAAAAAUAUAUUGGAUGAUUUCUCUUUACAAUCAGGUAGCUCUGAAAGUGGGGUAACUAACAUACUAAACCAAUACUCAAGCAGUGUCUCUAAUAGUGCCAAAAUUUCUACAACUCCUCGUAGUUUACUUGACCAAUAUGGCUCUUCUACUACUUCACAAGUAAUCAAUCCAAGCACUUCAAAAAGAUUAUUGGAUGACUUUGAAGUAGAUCCACUAAGUUCUCCAGACAAAUCUCCAGAAGGAGCACCUAUCAAGAGUUUACUUAAUGAAUUUAUGCCCUCACCUAAUGAAACAACUAAAAAAGCUCCUCCACAAAAUACCAAGCCAAGAAAUUUAUUAGACGAUUUUAUGUAG